ACGUCACAGUCACAAGGUAAACAACAUGGCCGCGUACACUGCCUUUUGGAUACAGCGGAAAGAAAUUGCGAUUUAGAUUAAUUGAAAUAACACAUUUGUAAAAUACAUAACGAUAUAUGUUAUUGUAUAAAUGUGUCUUGGUGUAUUUUGAGAGAUCUGUGCAUUGAAGGCAGUUUUGAGUGAAUUUAACCAUGGCGUCGGCUUUUGUUGUCGGAGAGAAAUUCAGAAAUAAAGCGUCACAAUUAUUAGAAAAUGAUUCGGUGCCUCAAGAUCUGAGAGAAGAGCUAGAGGAGAUUUUGGAAAAUGAAUCAACGGCAAAGCUGUCCUUCAAAACGGCAAGGAAAUUGAAGAAGUACCUACAAGACAAUGAUCAUCCAUUUUAUCUUCAUCAAUUUCUCGAGGACAGCUCCUUGUACCUGCCUGAAUUUGUAAAGCCCCCAAGGAACCCAGAGCUGGUUGCACGUUUGGAAAAGAUCAAAGCCAAACUCGCAAAUGAAGAGUACAACCGAAUGACAAGAAAUGUCAAUUCACAGGAAAUGAGUCGCAAUGGAGGACUGGCAGAAAUUGGACGAGAAGUGCGCUCUGUGAAAGCAGCUGUAGUGACUGUCUUUAACUUCCUAGUGACAAUUGUAGCGACUUUUGCCUGUUCUUACAUGGGCAGCCAGUACCUCUUCACUGAAACCACUUCGAGAGUGAUUGCAGCUGUUAUCGCAGCCUCUGUAGUGGGUCUGGCCGAGCUGUACGUCUUGGUUCGAACCAUGGAGGGAGAACUGGGGGAGCCAUAGCAGGAAAUAAGGGCAUUUCAACAGCAGUGCUAUUUAUGGACAUUGAAACAUCACCUUAACGUGGACAUUUUCUGCUCUUUUGAUUUUGUGAAAAGUCUCUGUGUUUCCCUGAACAUGUUUACUUUAAAAUAAUUAUCUUUUUUGUUUUCAUUUCAUAUUUACGUUUUGUAUAUUGUGUUAAAUCCCUGUGAUGUUGAUCUGUAUCAUUUUAAAUAAAGUCAUGAGUGUGUG